AUGUCCAAAAGAGAGACCUCCAAACUAUUCAGGGGGCCCAUUAGAGCUCUGACACCCGACCCCAACAGCGCUUCUGCUCUCGGCCCGGCGAUGAUGGGACUCGAGGGCGCACUUGCACAAGCCCGUACUGAUGUUGCACCGACCUCGCCGAUUGGAAUCUCUGACGGUAUCGCUCUCCAGAACGCCGCCGAUACUUUGACGAAGAGCGUGAAGAUUAUGGUCAUGUCGGCAAUGCUCCAGCGUCAGACGCUCGAUCAGAUAAACAUGACCCCGAUGCUUCUCCAAUCCUUCAUGAAUCAGAACAUGUUGUCGGCUGCACUUGGCCAAGUCGUUCUUUCCAAGCUUCCUGCGGAGGGUCUCCAAAGCGCCAUGGCUGCGUUUGCCGGAGCUGGUGGCUCGGUUGGAAUGGGGAUUGUGUCGCUCGCCAAUCCUCCUUUGGCUAUGCCUCCUGGUAUGGGCCCUCCCAUGGGCGGCGCACCCCCAGCAGCUAUGCCAGCCACUGGAGCUCCUCAGACGAGUUCACCGCAAACAGGUUCCCCAGGAAAUUCCUCCCAGUCUGGUCAGAGGGGCUCUCCUCAGAUGGGCCAACCUCAAACCGGGUCUCCGCAGACGAGCCAGCCUCAAACUAGCACACCCCAAACUGGAUCGCAGCCUGCGAGCGGUAAUCAGGGACAGGCGGGUAGCGCAGCGAGUAGCGUGUCUGUGAGCCAGGCUCUGGAGGGGAACGUUGUGGCGCUUUCCUGA